AUGGCGGCCUCAGGCCAACCGUUGCCCCGCCCCCGUUUGUUUAUUACUGCCGUAUCGCUGGUGUACCGCCCUUCCGAUCGAGAGCCUCGAUCCUCCCUUCACUACACUCUCGAGGUCAUGGCUUUCUUCUUUAACCGUGGCCGGUCGCGGCAACCUGCCGAUGUUGUCCGUUCAACUAAGGAGCUCUUGAUGAGACUCCAAGAAGCUCCUAACACAUCCAAGGCCGAAGAGGAUCUCGCGAAGCAGCUCAGUCAGAUGAAAGUGAUUGUUCAAGGGACACAAGAGGUCAACACAUCCCCGGAUCAAGUCCACGCUUUAAUCCAAGCAAGUGUUCAAGAAGAUCUGCUCUACGAUCUAUCGCGGUCCAUUCAUUUGCUACCCUUCGAAGCUCGAAAAGAUACCCAAACGAUAUUCUCCCAUAUCCUGCGUUUCAAACCCGCCUCCUACCAGGACUCCAAAGAAGCUCACAAAGACCCUCCCGUCAUCUCAUAUCUUGUCCACCAUCGACCGGAGAUUCUCAUUGAGCUAUGUCGUGGUUAUAUGCAGAGUCAGAGCUCCAUGCCCUGUGGUGUGAUUUUAAGAGAGGCACUCAAGUUUGACGUGGUCGCUGCGGUGGUCCUUUAUGAUCAGUCGCAUGAGGGGGAGCCGGCCGUGCGCCUAUCAGACUUGAAGCCCAACCUCCCUCAAAAAGGCGACGGGGUGUUUUGGAACUUUUUCGAUUGGAUCGACAAGAGUAACUUCGAGGUUAGCGCCGAUGCAUUUACAACAUUCAGGGAAAUCCUGACCCGGCAUAAAAAUCUGGUGACUGCAUACCUCGCGACCAACUUCGAACUAUUUUUCGGACGAUUCAACAACAUUCUGAUCCAGUCGGACUCCUAUGUGACCAAGCGACAGAGCAUCAAGUUGCUGGGAGAGAUUUUGUUGGACCGAGCGAACUACAACGUAAUGAUGGCUUAUGUGGAGAGCGGGGAGAAUCUCAAGCUAUGCAUGAAGUUGUUGCGCGAUGAUCGCAAGAUGGUGCAAUACGAGGGGUUCCACGUAUUUAAGGUAUUCGUGGCCAAUCCGAACAAAUCGGUGGCUGUCCAGCGAAUUCUCAUCAACAAUCGCGACCGACUCCUUAGAUUCUUGCCUAAAUUCCUGGAAGACCGCACUGACGAUGACCAAUUUACCGACGAGAAGAGCUUCCUAGUGCGCCAGAUCGAGCUUCUACCCAAGGAGCCUGUGGACCGGAGCCGGCCUACACAGUCGCAAUCCGGGAUCAACACGACUGCUGUCGUCUAA